CCGCCCUGUAUUGGCGAUGUUGACGAGUAUUGGAAGCGAUUGAUUUUAAUUGUAUGAGAUCUUACAAACAUUUUGAAUGUGCAGAAUGUGCAGUCGGAGCAGCUGGCGGUGUUCCUCCGUAAAACUACAAUCGUUGGAUGAAUUUGGAACAGGAAGCAACCGAUGGUUCCGGGCGAAGUGGGGGUGGGGUGGGCAACCUGCCGAAUUCGAGGUUCCUGGUCAAUGGGGAUGACUCAAGUAAAGAAGUGAACGAAGCAAAUGCGGAUCUAGGAACCGCUGUCGAGGUGAAGGCCGCCGCUUCCAAUGCGGCCGCCUGCUGCGCCUGCCGCGCCUGCCGCGCCUGCCGCGCCUGCCGCGCCUGCCGCGCCUGCCGCGCCUGCCGCGCCUGCCGCGCCUGGAGCCCACUCCACUACCGCCUACCGACUACUACGCUUUUGUACCGCACUUCGGUUCGGCCCGCCCGAUGCAGCGCCCGCUGUCGCGACCAUCUGCUGACCAACAAGAUGCCUGUCAUAACUUACACUUACUGUGCCAAAUAUACGAACCUCCGCUCUGGAUACCAAAUUAUAUAGCAAUCUAACGAA